AUGGAUGGCGGACCUUUCGUGUUAACCUUCUAUGAUCCACCGCCUCAACUUGACAUGGCUAAUCUUUCUUUUAAAUCAAUAGGAAACGUUCUCGUUCUUGAGUUUCCUACUCCGGUCGCCAUCAUGGAUGACGUCCUUCCUGAUUGUGAUGCAAUCUUCGUAGCAACGGUGGAAGGUGGAAUGGAUGGGGGAGAUGGAGAGGAUUCACCUGCGAGUAGGAACCUGCUAGGGAUAGGGAGCCAAUGUGAGAAAAUCGCCGUCCGUAAUGGCACCAUUUAUGGCGCCGGUAAGUACCCUAGCGCAGCGAAAGAGACCAACAUUACGGUAUUAGAGGGGGAUUCCCCUCCAGUGGGUGUGGUCCUACGUGGAGCAACAACAGUGAGCAGCUGCGGGGAUGUGAGUUUAUCUGCACGGGAGAGCACCGGAGGUGCUAGCAGGAGCUUUACCUACCUCUGGAUGGUUUACCCAACAGAUAAUACGAAUCUUACCGAUGCAUUAAGCGAAAUAACAACAUCUGACCUGAAUAUCGAUGGCGGCCUGCUGGUUGAGGACGUGGUCUAUAAAUUCACUGCCUUCGCGACUAACUUCUUAGGAGGAACAGGUGUAGGCUCUAUUGAUGUAGUCCGUACACCAGAAAUGGUACCUGGUCUUAGCAUCGUCCCUACCAUUGAUCCAAAGAGGGUAAUGGUGUCAGAAAGCUUCUAUCUUCAUGCCGAAGUUACGUUUUAUUCUGACUGUGAGGGCGCUGAACCUACGGGGACAGAGUAUGUGUGGACAGUGGACAAUGGUGACGUCACUUUAGAUGGAACCACACAGAAUUCCAGGUCUCUCUAUGUAACGGCUUUCUCACUCCCAGGUGAGAGUUAUUUAUGA